CUUCCGGUUCAGGCUCGCUCACGAUGCGGUGCAUUGUGGACUCUGUAGUUCCCACCUCGUUUAUGGUGCAUUGAAUCCGAGCGCGGCGUGAGCUGGUUCGCAGAUUGGAAUCUUAACAGGCACCAGAAAUUUCUUCCGUGACCCUUGGUUCUCGGUCUUGUGACCAAGAUUGGAUGUAUCAGAGCGCUUUUUAAGGAAUUUUUCAGACUUUGUUGCUAUUACAGGCCCAAAAACUGAGCCUUGAUUUGUGAGAAACUGCAAAUCAAUCUAUUUUCUUUUUAAAGUUGUUCCUGAACUUUUCCUUACCCCUUAAUUAUACUCAUGAAGUUGGAACUUGUCGCCGAAAGAUAGUAGCGGGUAACGCUCUUCCCUUGCAUACGGCAGACCCAGGUUCCGUCCCGGGCAUCGCAUAUGGACCCCCGACCUUCACCAGGAGUGAUCUCUGGUGCUGAUUCAUUGCAUCAUGAAUUUCUGUUUCACUAGCAUUCGCAGCUUUCCUAAACUCUGGACAAGUCACCAAUACCUAGGACUAGGGCCAGGACAAUCUUCUCUCGCUCACUUGGAACGCUAUUGUGGCCUCAAGAACCAAAAGAAGUGGUUUUCUUGUAAGACAGUAUCUCCACAAAACACCAAAUCAAAUAAUCUGCUGACUGCCAAGGCCAGAUACCUCAGGAAAGGAGAUGAGGGCAACAAUAAGCAAGUGUCUUCUGAGUCUCCCCAUUUUUUUGCAGCUGGAUCUGCUAAGAAGAGAUCACAGAAUAGUUAUCCAAGUAAAGAGCAGGCCUUGCUGCCGUCAAGAAAAUCUUUUCAGGUCCCAACAAAACCCCUGACUUCAGAGCAGUGGUCUAAACUUCAGGCAGAUUUUAAAGGAAAAGCUAAAUUUGAAAAUUGGAUCAUUACACAAAUGGUCCGCGCUCAUAGCUCUCUGGAUGUGGCCAAGUCUCUGCUGGCUUGGGUAGCUGCAGAGAACAGUGGUAUUGUAGGCUAUGAUUUACUGGUCAAGUAUCUGUGUCUCUGUGUCUUUCAUAAGCAGACAUCAGAGGUCAUCGACGUCUAUGAAAUCAUGAAAGCCCGAUACAAGAGCUUAGAAUCUGGAGCCAACACUCUUCUCAUCCGAGGUUUAAUUCAUUCGGACAGAUGGAGAGAGGCAGUGCUAUUGCUAGAGAACAUCAAAAAAGUCAUGGUGCCUUCAAAAGGCAAUUAUAAUGACUGUAUCCAGGGAGCACUCCUUCAUCAAGAUGCAAACUUAGCUUGGAGUUUGUAUCAGGAAUUGUUAGAUUAUGAACUUAUUCCUGUGUUGGAUACUUUUAAAGCCUUCUUCGAUUUUGGGAGAGGCAUGAACGAUGAUCAGUAUGCAAAGAAGCUACUAGAUAUUCUCUUGUAUCUAAGAAAUAAUCGACUCUAUCCUGGAGAAUCACUUGCACACAGUAUAAAAACAUGGUUUGAGAGCAUUCCUGGAGAACAAUGGCAGGGAAAAUUCACUACACUUCAGAAAAGUGGUCAAUGCUUGGGCUGUGGAAGAACCAUAGAGACUAGUCAGCUGAGUUCAGAGGAGUAUGACUAUCUCCAGGGGAAAAUCAUGAAGGACGUGAUCGAUGGAGGUGACCAGUACAAAAAGACAACGCCUCAGGAACUCAAGCGAUUUAAGAACUUUGUAAAAACCUGCCCUCCUUUCGAUAUUGUCAUCGAUGGACUCAAUGUUGCCAAAAUGUUUCCCAAAACUCGGGAAUCUCAAAGUCUCUUGGAUGUGGUCUCCCAGCUCUCUGAGCUGAAUCUGCGGCUGCUGGUCCUGGGUCGGAAGCACAUGCUGAUGCCAAGUUCCCGAUGGAGAAAGGACGAGAUGGAAAGGGUGAAGAAGCUAGCGAGCUGUUUCUUUGCAGACAACAUCUCUGAGGACGACCCAUUCCUUCUGUAUGCCACACUGCACUCAGGCAACCACUGCAAGUUUGUCACAAAUGAUCUGAUGCGGGACCACAAGGCCUGUCUACCUGAUGCCAAGACUCAGAGCUUGUUCUUUAAGUGGCAACAAGGACAUCAGCUGGCAAUUACUUCUAAGCUGCCAGGAUCGAAAGUAGUCUUUCAGCCUAUUCUCAGCUAUGACACAGUCGUGCAGACAACUGGAGACUCGUGGCACAUACCGUAUGAUGAUAACCAGGUGGAAAGAUGCUCCUUUGAAGUGCCAACCAAAUGGCUUUGCCUUCACAGAAAGACAUAAAGUCUCUUCGUUCCUAGAUUUGUGUGCAAGGUCAACCUGGUCACCUCAGAGAACUUAAGUCAUACUUGGCUAGAGCUUGGCUUCUUUUCUGUUUGAUCCCUUUGGUUUGUAUGUCAAUAAAUUGAUUUUUAAAUGAA